GCAAGGUCCACUAGCCUUGAGCUGCCGGGAGGCUGCUGUGUACCCCCCAAGCACCUGUGGCACCACAGGGCCAAGGAGCUGUAGUCCUCACCCAGCUGGGGCUUUGCACCCAAGCCCACUCAGCUCCAUCCAGACCAGCGCCCCCUCUCCCUUCCCCUGCCUACCAACACAUCCACAGCACAGCCAGGAGCCACUGCUGACUUUGCCAAGAUGUCCAAAGUGGCCAAGUAUCGCCGGCAGGUGAGCGAGGACCCCGACAUUGACAGCCUGCUGUCCACCUUAUCCCCGGAGGAGAUGGAAGAAUUGGAGAAGGAGCUGGACGUGGUGGACCCGGAUGGGAGCAUCCCCGUGGGGCUUCGGCAGAGGAACCAGACGGACAAACAGUCCACGGGCACGUUCAACCGGGAAGCCAUGCUCAACUUCUGCGAGAAGGAGACCAAGAAACUUAUUCAGAGGGAGAUGUCCAUGGAUGACAGCAAGCAAGUGGGGAGCAAGACAGAUGCCAAGAAUGGAGAGGAAAGGGGCAGUGAUGCCAGCAGAAAGGCCCUGGGCCCCAGACGGGACUCAGACUUGGGCAAAGAGCCGAAGAAGGGUGUUUUAAAGAAAAGCUUCUCCAGAGACCGAGAGGAGGCUGACAGCAGAGGGAGCGAGAGGCCCAAGGAGGAGAAGGUUAUUAGGGGCAUCGACAAGGGCCGGGUCAGGGCAGCGGUGGACAAGAAGGAGGCUGGGAAGGAUGGCAGAGCAGAGGAGGGGACAGCAGGCGCGAGGAAGGAAGAAGAAAAGAAAGGGAGUGACAGGAGCAGGGACAAGGAUGCAAAGAAAGAGGAAGAAAAGGGAGCCACGAAGAAAGGGGAGGAGAAGGUAACAGCGGAUUCCAGAAGGGAGGAUGGGAAGAUAAAAAGGGCAGGCAAAGACCCCAAGCAAAAACAGGAGGAUGAGAACAUCGCAAGAGGACGUGAGGACACAGACACUGGGAAAAAGGAUGAGAAAGUUAAAAAGGAGGAAUCUCAGAGGGAUGGGGAGACCAAGGAAGAGAAGAAGGCCAAAGCAGCUGAGAAGCAGGCCCCCAGCAAGCCUCCCGAAGGGCCGGCCAGGGCAGAAGAGGACUCGGCGCCCAGUAUAUUCGACGAGCUUCUGGAGAGAGUGAAGAACAACGACCCAGAGAUGCUGGAGGUGAAUGUCAACAACUCGGACUGCAUCACCAAUGAGAUCCUGGUCCGCUUCACCGAGGCCCUGGAGUUCAACACCGCGGUCAAGGUGUUCGCCUUGGCCAACACUCGGGCCGACGACCACGUGGCCUUCGCCAUCGCCAUCAUGCUCAAGGCCAACAGGACCAUCACCAGCCUCAACCUGGACUCCAAUCACAUCACGGGCAAGGGCAUCCUGGCCAUCUUCCGUGCCCUCCUGCAGAAUGACACGCUGACCGAGCUGCGCUUCCACAACCAGCGGCACAUCUGCGGGGGCAAGACCGAGAUGGAGAUCGCCAAGCUGCUCAAGGAGAACAGCACCUUGCUGAAGCUGGGCUACCAUUUUGAGCUGGCCGGGCCCCGGAUGACCGUCACCAACCUGCUCAGCCGCAACAUGGACAAGCAGCGACAGAGGCGGCUGCAGGAGCAAAAGCAAGCCCAGGAAGCCAGCGGAGAGAAGAAGGAUCGGCUGGAGGUGCCCAAAGCUGGAACCCCAGCCAAGGGCUCCCCUAAACCUUCACCCCAGCCAUCUCCAAAGGCAGCCCCAAAGAACUCGUCCAAGAAAGGGGCUCCAGCUGCUCCCCCUCCGCCUCCCCCUCCCUUGGCUCCACCCCUUAUCAUGGAAAACCUGAAGAACUCACUCUCACCAGCCACCCAGAGGAAGAUGGGGGACAAAGUCCUCCCUGCCCAGGAGAAGAACUCACGUGACCAGCUCCUGGCGGCCAUCCGAAACAGUAACCUCAAGCAGCUGAAGAAGGUGGAAGUGCCCAAGCUGCUUCAGUAAGACCAGGCUGCCAGGUACUGGUGCCAGUGCCAUGACUGCCCAGGCUCACGUGCUAGGGCUACACUGACCCCGCCCACCCACCCCCCUGGCUGAGCUGCUGCCGCUGUCCCUAUUCUGCCAAGGGAGAGCUCGAGGCCUGGGCUACACUCGAGGGAGGACGCCGCAUCCCCUCACUUUUCUUGUCUCUGAGGCUCUCCAGAAAUUGCUUUGACUCCUGGAGUGGAGGUUUAUGACAGGAAGAGUCCUUUUGGCACAUCACAGAGAAGAUGGCACUGCCCCUGGGCCCAGGUAGCUGGCACACUGCCAAAGGCCUGUGAUCCAGGAAAGAUGACCCCAGGGACCACACAUCCACCCCAGCGCCACUGCCCGCCAGGGCCAGGAUUCAGGCCUCUGAGGAGCCCUUGGGGCAAAGCUGCUGGACCGGUGGCACUCUGUGGGGCAACGGCAGAGAGAUAGAGGGCAUGGGGGUUCAUGGGGAGAGCGGGAGGGGCUGAGGAUGCCUCAGCCCCCUCUGAUUAGCCUGGGUGGCAGGCCUGGUAGAGAGUGGGCUUCAGAUGGGAGUAGAGGGACAGACAGCAGCCGGACUUGAAGGGUUGAUGCCAAAGCAGACGUUUUUCUUCACACCCACCUGCUGCUGUAUAAAUAGCUGUGUA